GUUGCUCCAGAAGCAAUGGAUGCACCUUUUUAAAAAGUCAAGACUCCCGCCUUUUUCUUCACCUCCACGAAACAUCACCACUUCCACCUUCGGCUCGUCGCUUGCAUUUACGUCACGUCGAACUUUCUCUUCUUUCUACUCUUCCAACAGCAAAAUGUCUUCUGAGGAGAUCACCCACCCUACCAUCAAGGAUGGCUGGUUCCGAGAGAUCUCGGACAUGUGGCCCGGCCAUGCCAUGACCCUCCGCGUCGAGAAGGUCCUCGUCCACGAGAAGAGCAAGUACCAGGAUGUCCUCAUCUUCAAGUCCACCGACUUCGGCAACGUUCUGGUCCUCGACAACGUUAUCCAGUGCACCGAGCGUGACGAGUUCUCCUACCAGGAGAUGAUCGCCCACCUCGCCCUCAACUCCCACCCCAACCCCAAGAAGGUUCUUGUCAUUGGCGGUGGUGACGGUGGUGUUCUCCGUGAGAUCGUCAAGCACGACUGUGUUGAGGAGGCCACCCUCUGCGACAUCGACGAGGCUGUUGUCCGCCUCUCCAAGGAGCACCUCCCCUCCAUGGCCUGCGGUUUCGACCACCCCAAGUCCAAGACCCACAUUGGCGAUGGCUUCAAGUUCCUCAACGAUUACAAGAACGAGUUCGACGUCAUUAUCACCGACUCCUCCGAUCCCGAUGGUCCCGCCGAGGCUCUCUUCCAGAAGAGCUACUUCCAGCUCCUCCACGACGCUCUCCGCGAGGGCGGUGUCAUUACUACUCAAGCCGAGAGCCCCUGGCUUCACCUCCCCCUCAUCACCCGCCUCAAGAAGGAUUGCCAGGCUAUCUUCCCCGUCGCCGAGUACGCCUAUACCACCAUCCCUACCUACCCCUCCGGUCAGAUUGGCUUCAUGGUCUGCUCCAAGGACCCCAAGGCUGAUGUCAAGACCCCUCUCCGAUCCUGGACCAAGGAGGAGGAGGACGCCAAGUGCCGAUACUACUCUGCUGAGAUUCACAAGGCCAGCUUCGUCCUUCCCAAGUUCGCCCAGAAGGCUCUUGAGUAAGGCCGUGUACCAUGUCGAGGAUCUUUGAGUAGGAUGGCUGGCUACUUUUAUGAGUUUACGCAGGAUAGGGAUCAACGGAGAUAAAAAAAAAAAAGACCAAGGUGGUCACACAUAGAUUAACACGGACGCAAAGGUAUAUAUGUGUUCCAAAAAGGAAAAGACUCUGGCGUUUUACUGCAAAUUGAGUCAUGAAAUAAAGGAUUUUGGU